AUGGGCAAUUUGCUGCGAAGUAAGUCCAAGCGUAGAGCAGCAGCUUCGACAGAAGACACUCCUCCCGAGGUGUCUGACGUAAAGGAAGAUUCUACAGGAGACUCGGACACAUCUGUCAGUACGGGGACCAAGAAAUCAGGAAACAAAAAUGGCCAAGAUGGGAAAAAAUCCAAUACUACCAGUCGUGGGCGUAAUGGCAGAAACAGAAAGAGUUCUACAGAGAAAGAUCAGACUCCUCCAUUAGAAGUAAAGGACAAUGUCGUGGCAACAUCCUCCACCACACAACAGUUGCCUCCCCCUGCAACUUCUACACGGUCAUCUCCACCUGUUACAACUACGCAGUUGUCUCCCCCUAUCACAUCUACACAGUUUCCCCCUCCUGGAAUUUCCACACAGUUACCUCCCCCUAUAACUGUCACACAAUUCCACCCUGCAACUUCUACACAGCUGCAUCCUCCUGUGACCUCUACGCAGUUGCCUCCCCCUGGAUCAUCUGCACAGCUUCAUCCUCCAGUAACAUCCAUGCAGUUACCACCCCCUGUUUCUUCAGUACAAUUACCACCUCCUCAUCUCCGGGAGAGCCCUGCAUUCCAGCAACCGUCUGAACACAGUGCGCCUAUUAGUGAACAGGUCAUGGAGCGAUCUUCCGCGGAGCGCUUUCAGACUGACAGGUUGAUGACAGAGCGACCUUUGUUAGUAUGCACACCAACAGAAGAGGAAAAAAGAUCCAGAGCUAUUCCUCCGAAAAAACGUAAAGGGAACGAAUUUGAGAGUGAAUCAUCUCCCCUUGGUCCACCAGCAAAGCGACCAAUGAUUGACUUGAUUAACUGGAUUAAUCAGCGUGUGCUUGCCCGUCGGGAUGGUCUGUACCAACCAGGGGAGAUUCGUGAUGUGAAACAUAACCGCCAUAUUGGAAUUUUGUUUGACAGUGACAAAAAUAUGGUUUACUUUAAUGAUGUACUCGAACAGAAAAACAACCACGACAUUAUUAGUGAUCACAGUCCAAUGGCCGUCAUGGUGGCUGUUGGGGCUCGUGUUUGUGUACGCAUUAAUCCUGAAGUGAAUUAUUAUUAUGAAGGACAGGUAGUGGACAAGAAAUCUCAACCAAUUAGUUACCGUGUAAGGAUUCACGGUCUGGCAGAAGAAAAAUAUGAAUGGGUGUCGCGUGCAGUUCUAAGACUUUUACACCCUCCAUGGCAUGAAGAGUUCGAGGAGGGAAUCCCAGAGCAGGAAACGCCCCCACCUCCUGCUAUGGUACCUUCUCCCUUCCAGUUACACAUACAUCAGCACACACAGCAGCCUCAUCACCAACAUAUCCCUGCAUCAUUGGAAAUAAGUCCCCCCUUGAAUCGCCUCAUACGGUCACCGUCUCUUCCACAGAGUACUAGCAAUGAACGUGGUGAUUCUUCUGAUGAUGAUAUUCAGAGCGAAGAAUUCUGCUUCGAUUCAUCAGGAUUAAGUACCCCUAGAUCUGGAAGUGCAACACCUGGAUCUGGGUCAAGGUCUCAAGGAGAUCGCAAAAAUCAGCCUCCGAAGAAACGUGAUUCCGCUAGGAGUCGCAGCGCUCAGUCAUGUGAGAGCGGUAGCCGAUCUAGCACACCAAGAUCACCGCUGACAACAAAAUAUAAAAAAGGGGAUGUUGUUUCUACACCAAAUGGAAUUCGCAAGAAAUUCAACGGAAAACAAUGGAGGCGAUUGUGCUCUAAGGAAGGAUGCACAAAGGAAUCACAAAGACGUGGCUUCUGUUCACGUCAUCUCUCAAUGAAAGGACAGAAAAAUAUGAGGAACGCUCCUCCGUUUCCUGGGUGUCGGACAGGUGAAUUGAAGGAAGGACAGAUAGACUGGAGUGAUGGUCGCGGAGAAGGCGAGUAUGAUCCGGAACAUGGACAUGUCCAUAAUAGGUUUGAUGAAACUGAAGCAGCUAAUAUGUUGGUGUCUCUGGGUAAUUCUCGUUCCACUACACCAGCGUUUUCACCGACGCCUUCUCAGAAUCCUUUAUCUCCACAGUUAAGUGUACAGUCCCCAACCAGUGGUCAUGGGUCCCGGAAUUCUGCCUCUUUUACUCCAAUUUCUCCGCAUCCUCAGACACAAGCUUUUAUUACUUCUCCAACACGUAGUUGGAGUUCCUGUGCAUCCAAGUCAGGAAGUUCAUCUUCAGAACAUGUCUCUCCAAUUACGCCAAGAUUUCCGUCAAAUUCUAGUUCUAUUCCGUUAUUUCAUUCUCCAAGUCACGUGAGUGAGCAUUUCCUCCAGAAAAUGUCUGCAGUGCAGAUGGUUAAACAAGACUCGAAAAAAUGUGAUGAUUCAGGUAUAGAGAUACAGACUCCAUCAUCUAAAACAUCACAGAUACAGAUGCCCUAUAUAGCAGGCAUGUUGUCCCCGAAACGUGUGCUAACAGUGAGAGAAGGUGGCAGUGGAAGUGUUUCAUCUAUAACACAUUAUAACCCAGAACUACAGAAUCGUCGCUUGGUUCAAAGUCUCUCUGUGAGUGCUCUCCCCUCACACCAUAGUUUGUCGGAGAAUAUUAUCGAGCCUAUCAACAGAGUAUCUAUUAGUUCUGUCACUGUAGCACCAAAUGUUGCUCAACAACCGGCAACUAUGGCAACUCUUAAAUCUUUGAUCAACAGCAACCCGCGACAGAUGUCCGUGGCCCAGGUACCUUACCAAGUACAAGAGAUGGGAGCGCCACAGACAAACAUUCUCAAGAACCAGAUGACAUCGUCUGUAAUACAGCAACAGUUACAGCAUGUAUCACAGGUUACAGGCACAGCUAGUGUUAUCGGAGCUGCCUCUCUCUUACCUGUGAUGCCAGUUGGAGAAGUCAACAAGCUUCAGCAGGCAGUUACAACCACGGAAACUGAAUCAAAGAAACCAGUUCCUGUAUUUCCUUGGCAUUCACUUGUACCAUUUCUGACAAACACACGUGGAGAGCACGGGACACCUAGUGGCAAUCAUCAGCAACCCCAGGAACCGUCGCCCACACCUAUCUCACAAACAACACCAGCACAGCUUCCCACUGCUAACAACACACCAGAAGGGGCUCAUCAGAGUGUAUCUGAUGCUGGGGCUGAGGUUGACGAUGAAGAUAACGAUGAAUAUGAUGAUGACGUUUUUGACGAGAAGGAACCAGGCCCUAUAGAACCAGUGCCAAAGAAGGAACCUAAGUCACCGACAAAACGUCGCACACAGUCUCUCAGUGCAAUCAAAGAUGAAAAAGAGCCAAAGAGUCCGCGCAAAUCCAAGGACAAAGAUCAUGUGAGACGUCCAAUGAAUGCAUUCAUGAUCUUCAGUAAACGUCAUCGACACAUGGUUCACCAACGACAUCCCAACCAGGACAAUCGAACCGUCAGUAAGAUUCUUGGCGAGUGGUGGUACGCCUUGGGUCCUAAAGAGAAACAGAAGUAUCACGACCUCGCCUACCAGGUAAAGGAGGCCCACUUUAAAGCGUAUCCUGACUGGAAAUGGUGCUCGAAAGAGAGGAAGAAAUCCAGUACAAUAGCUAAUCAGCUCAAACAAAGAAGCAGUACAGGACGGAGACUGAGUUCUACUGACGACAUGGAAGACAUUGUUCCCGAUGACUUAGACGUCUUCAAGCUUCAGGAUGAUGUCAUGGAUCAGAAUGAACAGGAACAGAGGGAGCGCUCAUUAUUUGAAAUCUCUCGAGUGAGAUCCCAGAGCCUCUCUGCCGUUCCACGAGAUGGCAGCUCCGCAUUUUUCCCUCCAAAAAAGGAUGAGGGGAAACAAUUUACUGAGGAUCUGAAACGACCGCUGUUACCAAGUCAACAAAGUUAUUCCUCAACAACGAGUGUUACUAUAGCAACCAGUAGUCAGCAGCAAAUCAGCCAACCACAGCAUCCUCAGUUCUGUGCCAUGGUUUCUAGGGAGACAGACGGAGACGAUGCCUAUAGUGACGAGGAGAGGAUGGUUAUCGAUGAAGAAAAGAAAGAUGGGGUCGAUGAUUUGGGAGACACAAGCGAGACAGAGACGAGAAAACUGGAAUGUAAUGAGAAUGUUUAUGAUAGCGAGACAGACAGUCAGACUGAGGAAGACACACUUAUUGAGAACAAAGCUUUUCCACAACAACGAUUCUCUCCUGUGAUGAAACACAUCAGUCCGUCAGAGAUCCCCUACCGUCCAACACCAAUCAGGAAACUUCCCGAGUCUUCGGGACAUUCUGCAGCAUCCUCCAUAGGAACCUCGGAAGGUGAUAGUCCCCGACCAUCAAGUGCGGGUGGAUUUCGACCUAAAGGGGCAGUGUUCCGAGCAAAGGCAAACAAACAAGCACGAAUAAUGUCCACUGGAAGUUCCUUUGGGAAUGAAUCUCAAUUAUCACAGCAAUUUAAUUUUAAUCAACACGAUUCCUCCUCCCGGACUCCAGUAACCCAGCAGCACACUGUCAAGGUCGGUCAGAUGAAGCUCCAUAAUAUCACCAUGACAACACAGGAAAAUCAACAGAUUCUUGUGUCAUCGAACACCGAGACAAUUCUGGGAAAACAAAAUGGACGAGGUCCUGUUAUGAAUAAAGUGACACAAAAACCAAUACGAGGAAAACCCCUGCACGUACAGCAGCCACAGUUACAGCAACAGCCACAGUUACAGCCGAUACAAAUACAGCCAAGUCUCUCACCACAUGGUGGGAUACCGUUGGGAAAGCCUGUCACAUCCAGUACAGUUCAGCUGGUACCUUUUACCCAAACAGUUGCCACUAGUGCUAAUUACGGCUCAAACGUGGUGGUUCCCACUUACUCCACCAUGGGGAAACCCAUCACUACACCUGUACCUAUAGCCUCUAAACCAUUUGUGUCCAUGCAGCAGGCGCAGAUCGCCACGCCAACGUUACUAAAACAGGCAGUGACUGGUAAUGGAAUACAACAACAGCAGACUCUACUGCAAGCUUCGCCAAACGGAAACGUGAAAAAUGUUGGCACAAUUUUGGUGCAAAAUAUUCCUUCAAGUCAGUAUGGAAUGUUGUUGAACACGCCGUCUAUUGCUUCAUCUGUAAGCAGUAAAACAACCUCUGUUCCCGCCAUGUCUAAUGCCUUCAUCACAACAAUUCGCAAUGUGGUUCCUUCUCAGGGGCAGUCACCACAGGGACAUGUAUCACAGGCCAACACACAGAACCAGCCUCUUACCCAAGCUACACUGCUCAACACACUUGUGUUGAAGCCAAAUCAGGUAGCACAUCCCCAGCAGGCCCAGUCUCCACAGCAACAACCUGUACAACAAACUAUUAGCCUAUCACAGGCUGGCUUACAACCCACGCAUGUCCAGUACAUACUUCCCUCUGUAAGGGUAGCAACACCUAAUGGAGGAAAAGUACAAAAUGUUGUUCAGAUGGCGUUACCAGCCACCCCUGUACAACAGAGUAAUAUUCAACUCACUUUUCCUGGACAACAUUCCCAACUCCAUUCACCUUUACCCCAGCAGCAAAUUUCCCAGCAUUCUCAGCAACAUCCGCCUUUACAGCCGUCCCCUCAAUCAGUUCAGACAGGAAAAGUUCAGUUAGCUCCCGUCACAGGAAACGGGUUAAAAGUAGCACCAAUGACAAGUCAGGGGAAAAUGCUACAGCAACAAGGGGGAUUACUAAGUACACACACCAACCUGGCCUCCCCCAUCGUUCUGAACCAGACCAAGCCAAAUCAGCAAGUUCCCAUGGUGACGACACAGUUUGUCACGAUGAGUCAAAACCAACAAGUCCAGUUACCAAGCGUGUCCCAGGGGCAAGGCUACAUGUCAUUACCUGGUGGGUCACACACACCCACCCAGUUACAACUUCACCCCCAGGCACACACACAGUUGAUACAGCAACAAGGGGGACAACUCCAGGUACACGGAACCCAACUCCAAGUGCAGCAAGUCCAGCAAGGGGGACAACUCCAGGUACAGCAAGUCCCACAGGGGGGACAACUCCAGGUGCAGCAAGUACAGACAGCAAAUCAACAACAACAGGCUAAAUUGUUGUUGCCCUCUACACAGAACACAAGGAUGUAUAUGCAGCCAAAUUCUAUCAGCACUGUUGCCAUGGCAGCAUCACCACUCCCAAAAAUUGAAGGUGUCCAAGGAGUUAACUCCCCUGCUUUCAUCAACUAUGUACAACAAAAUCCCCAGGGAGCUGUACAACAGGUGAUGAUUCAACAGCAGGGCACACGAUCACCUGCCCCGAGCCCAGGGGCUCAACAAAUACAACCUCCAGCUGCCCCCCAGGGGCAAGUGACGUAUGCUUCACAGGCUCCGUUGGCUCCCAAAACGGUGGUGACUGCCCCUAAAGCUCCAAGCCCUCCACAGAUACAAACCAAUUCAUCCUACCAGGGAAUGUCAAAGCCACAGGCUCCGACCCCGACAAGUGUUCCUGUAAGCUCAGGAGUGGACAUUGGUUACAUCACUGGAGGCAGUCAGUCCAAGUCGUACCGCGUCAAAGCCACCAUUGCUAACAUCCCUGUAGCAACGGAGAGUCUUCAGGUCACUGCAGCUUUACAAGGUCAACGACCUCUGACCUCCCCAGUACAGAGCCCUCAUGCUGUAGGCAGUAUAUACCGUAACAUCCAUAACAGCCCGCCUCAGCAAAUGAACAAUGAACAUAAACCCAAGAAACCAUCCCCAUUGGUUCUCUCUUAUGAGCCAAUCAGAAGGUCCCCGAGCCCGAGUACGCCAGAAAGCAGGGAAGAAGAUGAAGACGAAGAAGAUGGGGAAGAUAUGUCAAAAGGGCAACAGACAAAGAAACAGCGGGAACUGUCAGGUGACAGGAAACGAGAAAAGAAAGAAAGUCUCAAAGUCACGGCUUCUUCGGUGGACAAAUCUCCUUCAGGUGUCGAACAAGUCAAUCCUGAUGAAUCUAUGCCAGCACCACAAACACCAUCAACAGAGACAUCAGCGACCACUCCACGGUUACCGAAGCCAAAACACAAGCCGCCCCCACUUCCAGUGCCACAAUCCUCGCUGGCCGUGGGCGAUGCUUCGUUUGCCUCUCCUGGUCCAGGAACUAACAGUCCUCGGCGGGGUGUUGCCUUUAAAAACAAGAUGCAGGAUGGAAUGGAAAAAGUGCUACAGGAAGUGAACUUUGACAAGAGGUUUGAGGCUUUACCACAGUUUGUACCAGAACAUACGAACAUGGACUCACCAGUCCCGCAGAGUCCACGAGCAAUCAUCAGCUGCUACAAGAGGCGUCGGAAAGUGUCCACUCUUGCUACUGGAGAGUCGACACCAAGCGAGACUUUUGACCCCGUCUCUCCAAGUUACAAGAAGUUUUCCAGUGAGUCUGAGACUGGGACCCCACAGACACCUCGCAGUGCGCGAUUCGAAGACAACAUGUUCUUUGGACGUAAUUUCAGCUUGGAGACACUUGCUGAUGCUGCGGUGUCUUCCAAACCAGUAGAAGAUUUCCUUGAAAGUGGGCUUAGUUCACCAAUGACGCCCAGAACUCCAAGCUCACCUGGACAAUUCUCGUCACUCCGAAGGAUCCUUGACCAGCGUCGUCAACUCGUCAUGCAGUUGUUUCAGGAACAUGGACUGUUUCCAUCUGCUCAAGCCACAGCCAAUUUCCAAGCAGAGCAUGCAACUAUUUUUCCGUCAAAGGUUUGUCUACAACUGAAAAUACGUGAGGUGCGACAGAAAAUGAUGGCACAAUCUGCAGCAGUGGAAAAAGCUGCCUCAGGCGAUGCUUCAUCUGGCAGCAUGCCAUCAACACCUGUGGCAACACACCCGCCCCCUAAUGACUCUGACAACAGUACUGGAGGAGGAGAGUCACACACAGGGGAGGGAACUCUCUCGUCUGGGAACAUGGAGGAGGAAAAUUGAUCAAGGAAAUGUGGAAUCACCAAAGGGGAGGUAACUCUCUCCCUUCAGGGAUCAUGGAGUAAGAAAAAUCGAAUAAAGAUGUUGUAAUAUUAUGUGUUAAGAAGGUCUGAACUUGGAUAAUGUUGAAACAUUAAUCUGGAUGUUUGUUAUGUAGACACAAUUGUUGUAAAUGUCUAAAAUUUGACAGCUGUGCCAUAAACAAAAUUAAUUUUUAUGUGUGAAGAUUUGACUUAAUGAUUUUGUAAAAUGGAGGAAAAUGAGGUAAAUAAGAGUGAAGUUGAUGAAUUUGUGUAAGAAUUCUGUAUUAUAG